ACUAGCUACCUCGGCGAGAGCGACAGCAUUCUCGAGCUCUUCCAGGUGGUUCGGACCACGAGGGAUUGACGACCUGUCACCGCCAUGGACCGAAGCCUCGACCAAUGGGACGAGAUUUCGCCGUUGCUCCGGUUUCUUGUUAUUAUCGGAGUGGUUGAGACACUUGCUACCAUCUUCUAUUUCUGUGUCACGCUGUGGUGCCUGGCUAGACACAAGAGGACGAUUGACGAUGAGAACCCUCCUAUCAGAACCAAAGAAUCACGCGAUGCCCACGGCGGCAAACAUCGAGCAUAGGAAGAUGAGCCAACCCCCCUAGCUCGCGUCGUCUUGGUUCCCGAGCGAAGAGGAGGACCCAAACAAGAUCACUGGGAGCCAACCAACCCCUCACCUGCACCCUCUCUCGCACCGGCUGCCCCGUUGUAUGCCAUUUCAGAGGCAAGCCUCAGCAAAUAUUCAUUCACAGU